AUGAAGGGGUUCACCAAAGCUUUACAGCGGACACCACAUAAUUUGACGAGUAGGAUUGGGAUGUCUAAGAAAUCCACUGAUGUGGAAUUCAAUGACUACGAGAGGAAAUUCGCAGCUGUCGAAGCUGCUUGUGAGAAGAUGUUGAAAGAUUCGACUGUGUUUAGAGAUUCAGUGUCAAAUCUACUCUCAUCCGGAUCAUCAUUCUCUGCAUCACUCGCUACCCUUUUCUCACCGAUGGGAGCAGAGUACAAUUUAGCCGGUAAACACCCUCAGGCAGAGGUGACGGUGAAGAAUAUCACGGUAUAUCAAGGUAUAAUGGAGGAGAUGAGGGAAACCCUCUCACCUGAACUUGAGUUGAUCGAUUCUCGAGUGGUCCAACCGUGUAAAGAGCUCCAUGAAAUCUGCAAAAAGAUCCGAAAGACCAUUGUCAAGAGGGAUCAUAAGUUGGUAGAUUACGAUAGACAUAAUAACUCGUUAAAUAAGUUGAGGGAGAAGAAGGAAAAGAGUUUAAGCGAUGAGAAGAAUCUAUUCAAGGUCGAACAAGAUUUCGAACUCGCUUCAGGGGAAUACGAGCACUACAACUCACUUCUGAAGACCGAACUACCCCAUUUCCUCGGAUUGGCAACUAGGUUUAUUGAUCCUUUGUUCCAUUCUUUCUACUAUAUGCAACUUAACGUAUAUUACAUUAUGCAAGAGAAACUCCAAUCUUUCGCUGAUGGAAAAUACGACUUGUCAAGAAAGGAUGUCGAGAAUAUCUACCUUGAGCAAAGGGGUGAUACGGCCGAGCAGAUUGAGGCGAUGGCUAUUGUGAAGAGGAUCACUUCUACCGCCAAGAUGCUCCAAGCUCAUCGAUCCGCUUCCGGCACUUCCACACCCACUCGAACAGGUUCCAUCGCAUCCCGAACCACCUCAAACUCGUACCUCGACCGAAAGAGUUCAUACGGCUCUUCAGCAGCAGCAGGCGAGAAAAGCACUUUCUCGCCACCGUCUAGAACAGUCGCUGCUCCUCCACCAUACACUUCGGCUUCUUCGACGACCAGUAUCAAGAAGGCACCUCCUCCACCACCUCCUUUGAAACCUAAACCCAGUUUCAACAGGGCUGUGUAUGCUACGGCGAUAUUUGAUUUUGAAGCUCAGGCCGAGGGUGAUUUAUCUUUCAGAGCAGGUGAUAGGAUUGAAAUCAUUGAGAAGACUGAGAAUCCCGAUGAAUGGUGGACAGGUAGAUUGAAUGGCGCAACGGGUGUUUUCCCAGGUACUUAUACGCAGGUUGAUGCGUAG